CAGAAUUUUGUAGACUGCGGUAGUGCCGCACGAAAACACUUUAAAAAUUGGUGAAGUGUGUGUUUUAUUUGUUUUUUAAAUUAACAACUGAGAUAAAUAACUAAAGAAAAUGCCGGACGAUUCCCAAGUGCGAGCGUUCUACGCGGGGAAGAAUUUCUUCAUAACCGGCGGCACUGGUUUCGUCGGUUUGUGCCUGAUUGAGAAAAUUUUGAGGACCAUUCCUGAUGUAGGCAAGUUAUACCUGCUUAUGAGGCCUAAGAAAGGCAAGGAAAUCUCCGAAAGGCUUGAGGAGUUCCCAAAGCAGCCGGUUUUUGAAAAGCUUCUAGAGAAAAAUUCCACGGAUAUAUUCAAGAAGAUAGUACCAGUGGCCGGUGAUGUGGGCGAAGAGAAUCUUGGUCUCAGUCCAGCUGACCGGCAGACGUUGGCUGAGAAUGUGAAUGUGGUCAUACAUUCUGCAGCUACGUUGGACUUUCAGGAGAAUUUGAGGCCAACGGUGAAGAUAAAUCUGCUGGGGACUCGAAAAGUUAUGGCGCUGUGUAAAGACAUGAAGAAUUUGAAGGUCAUGAUCCACGUAUCUUCAGCCUAUGUGAACUCUUACUUGAGUGAGGCCCACGAGAAAGUGUACGAAGCACCGGAGGACGCUGAAAAGGUGAUCUCAUUGGUUGGGACUUUGAGCGAUGAAGCGCUGGAGGAGAUUGAACCUAAAGUGCUGAAGUCCCAUCCAAACACAUACACGUUCACAAAGCAUUUGGCGGAGCAUGAAGUGGUCAAGUGUGCUGAUCUGUUCCCUUGCACCAUCGUACGGCCUACUAUGAUUGUGGCGUCGUGGAAGGAACCAGUUCCUGGCUGGACUGCUUCCAAAGUUGGCCCGCAAGGCUUCCUCAUGGGUGCCAGCAAAGGUGUCGUCCGCCGCCUGCCGAUGGCCAAAGAGAACAUAGCGGACUACAUACCAGUCGACGUGGUGGUCAACCAAUUGCUGGUCGCCGGCUGGCACGCUGCUAAAGACAAGUCGGGUCUGACAGUGUACCACUGUUCGUCGUCCACAUGUCGACCUUUCCGCUGGGAGAUGAUAGAGCCGGCCAUUAAUGAGAUGCUGCACAAAUACCCGCUCAAAAGUGCUGUGUGGUACCCCCACCUCAAACUCGUCCCAUCGAUUUGGUUGUUCAAACUGUCGGCCAUCUUCGUUCAUUUCUUCCCCGCUAUACUUCUGGACAUGCUGCUCAGAGUUACUGGAGGGAGACCUAUGUUAUUCCGUCUAAAUAGGAACGUGUGGUCAUCAGUCGGCCGCCUCGAGAAGUUCAUCUUCAGCGAAUGGCUGUUUCACAACCCGAAUACCUUGGAUCUGUGCAACAAACUCAAUAGUACUGAUAAGGAGCUGUUUUAUAUUGACAUCUCUACGCUAGCUUGGUUGGAGUACUUCACGAGUCUUCACCUCGGCGUUCGGAGAUACCUGAACAAAGAGAAAGAAUCCACUCUGCCUGCCGCGAGAAAUAAGGACUUUAUACUGAUGAUCGUCCACCAGAUCUGGCAAGUUCUGAUCCUGUCUCUUGUCUGGUACAUAUUCGCUUGUCUCACAGGACUCACUAUGACUGCUAGUGCUUGGAUCGCACCAGCCAUUUAUAUACUGUACAGCUGCCUGUAAAUACUUAAAAAUAACGACGUAUAGUGUAGAGCAUUGGUUCCCAAACUUGUUUGAGACGCGCCCCAUUUCGACCGUACAAAAAAUUCCGCGCCUCCCUCCUCCAGUCAAAAUUAUUUAUUGGUCGUAUCGAGCAGUCUGGAAUGCAUUAUCUUAGCGGUCGCAGUUUUUUAUACUUAAGGACACAGAUGGCCCGCGACCCCCACUUUGGGAACCAAUGGUGUAGAGACUAUUUUUGAGACACUGUACCUUUUUGGCUAUACAGGGUGUUAGGUAAAUGGGUAUAUGAGCCGACACUAGCCCAUGUUAACAUGGGCAUAUAAAUGGUAUGGUGAAGUCAAAAAUUUGAUAUCAUCAUUUAAUUUUUUUUAUUUUUAAUACAAAAUAAAUUUUAUAACAUCCGAUUUGUAUGAAAAUUAAAAUAAUUAAAAUGAAGAUAUCAAUUUUCUGACUUCACCAUACCAUUUAUAUGCCCAUGUUAACAUGGGCUAGUGUCGGCUCAUAUACCCAUAUACCUAACACCCUGUAUAAAACAUCGAUGUAGUGUAUGAGUAGGGUUGCCAACUAUACUGGUUUUCACCAAAUUAUACUUUUUACUGUUGAACAAAAAAAAAGUAUACAAAAUACUAUUUUCAGCAAACAUCACUAGUAUCCAUAGAUAUUUUUAAAAGUAAAUCCCCAACACUAGGUACAUUUAGGUACGCGAUUUAGAGCUAAACUGUUUAUUUUUUUAAAAUACUGUCUAUUUUCCUUCUCCGACCUUAUAUUUUGAAAAAAAAGUUGGCAACUCUAUGUGUGAAGACCCUUUUUGAUGCCGUUAUACCUUUUUUGGACACUUUUUUCGGCCAAAUGACGUCCACUGCUGGACAAAGGCCUCCCCCAAGGAUUUUCAUAUUGACCGGUCGAGCCGUCAAUUAUUUUCUGCAAUUAGGCUUUUAGAAAGCACUUUUACAAGUUAAGAUUGAAAGUAGUAUCAAAUACAGUACAAUCAAAAUGUUAUUUUAUAAAUAGUUAAACCGUAAGAUUAGUAAUAAAAAAAAAUUCAUACAGCCGAGCAUAGAACCUCCUCCUUUUUUGAAGUCGGUUAAGAAAUACAUUAAAAUUGCAUAAUUCUUUGUUAGUUCAAAGAAGAACGGUCACGCCCCAUACAAAAAAAACCCAGACCCGACAGAAACGAGACAUACCUCAGUUUUUUUGUCACGUCUUAAUUAGUUAAAUUAUAUAUUUUUUAUAUUCGAAAUCUAUGUAUAACACCAAAAUAUUACCCUUUGUUUUUGUUCAGGCGUUAUACAAAAUCUAAUACAAAAUGCCUAUUUAUCACCAAAAUUGGUAAAUUUAUGUACCUAAAUGUCUAUUACAGCUGCUAUGGAAUGUAUCUAGGUGACCUGGAGAUACAGCCGGAUUAUACAGGGUGGUUAUACAUAUGGAACGAUAAGUGAUUUCACUCGAUUAUUUCUAAACUAUACAAGAUAUCGAAAAACUAGUUACUGAUUCUGAAAGUGCUUCACGAGCUCUUUCAAAUGGUACCAAUAAUAUGUUACAGAUUAUGGAAACUGGUAACAUUGAAUUUUUGGAUUUUGUAACUUCUCGUUUCCACCCAGUAUAAUCCGGCUGUAUCUCCAGGUCACCUUGAUACAUUCCAUAGCAGCUAUUUAGGUACAUACAUUUACCAAUUUUGGUGAUAAACAGGCAUUUAGUAUUAGUUUUUGUAUGACGCCUGAACAAAAACAAAGGGUAAUAAUUUGGUGUUAUACAUAGAUUUCGAAUAUAAAAAAUAUAUAAUUUAACUAAUUAAGACAUGACAAAAAAACUGAGGUAUGUCUCGUUUCUGUCGGGCCUGGGUCACAGAUGACCGUUCUUCUUUGUGGCCAAAAACAGUGUAAAAAUGACUAAAAUAAGUACUAUCUACUUAAAAUUGGAAACUUGACUUCAUUUUCAAUUGACUAACUUCAUUUAUUUCAACGCUACUAAAAAUAUCAGCCAAAUGAAAACUAUAACCAGAGUAAAUACAAAUGAGUAGGUCAUCUUCAUAGAAACGCACCGAGCGCGGUUUGUAUGCGGCGCAACUCCCCGCUAAAUUUUGCCAGUGUGUGCGUGCGCGCCGCAUACGUAUUGGCGCGCUCACAUACAAACCGCGCUCGGUGCGUUUCUAUGAAGAUGACCUACUCAUUUGUAUUUACUCUGGUAUGAUUCCAUUAAAUAUUUGUCUAUGGGGCUAUUCUCUAACUGAAUCUUUUUUUAUAUUAUGAAGACUUCUCGAAUAUUACAUUAUAUUUUUAUGAACAAAUUAGUAUUUUUAUAUGUAUUAUGUAAGUGGUUAAGGAACAAUGUUUGUAUCUGUUAUAUUGACAUUCCUGUAAUGUUUGGAUGUGUUUUUAUGUAAUAAAAUGUU